AUGCGAUUAUUGAUCGUCUCGGUGUUGAUCGUCAUCGCCGCGUUCGCGCUCACCGUCGAUGCUCGCCGCUGGCACUAUCCGCUUCAGUGGAAGGAGAACUGCACCGAAUGGGGCAAACAGAAGGCCUAUUUUUGCUUUAUAUAUCCGAUGAAGCAGACGUGGCGCCUCAUCAAGUACGGGCUGUUCGUCGACAAUUCGGCGCUGACGGUUCAGGACAUGAAGGAUGGCUGCAUGGAGCUGAUUGAUUGCUUCAACAAAACCGACUGCUAUCUCGACGGCGAUCUUUACUUGAGGCUCGACAAUUGCAUCAAGGAGAUGCACGACGUCGGACCAUUCAAACCGUGCUUCAACAAAAUUGAUGAUUUCUACUAUGAGCAUCCGCAAGAGAAAACCGAGUGUAUUGCCAACUUCCUCGAGAAGGAGAAGCGCGGAUGCGUAGAAUUGGAGCGCGAGCUCAAUUGUGUUUUGCCGGCCGUCGAGCGGAGCUGCGAGGCGAAGCACGUCGACUAUUUUAAAGAGUAUCAAGCGUUGAGAUUGUACAAUAUGGGAUGCACUGAUAUGUUGAAAUAUGAGAGAAUCGAAUAG